UUGUUAGAAUAAACACAUCGCACAUGUUGCAAACAAGGAUAGUAAGUGGAAAAGAUGGAGCAAAAGGAAAGUAACACUCCUCAAAAAACAUCUCGGGAUUUGCUGGUCUGCGGGAACGGACAAGGUAUUCGCGAUAAGCUGUUUCUGAAAUCCAAGGGCGCAUCUUCAUCAUCAUCAUCAUUGCAGACAGAAAAGGUCCAAAGAAGCAGUGUUUUAGAUAGGCUGCAGUGUUUUCUACCUCAGAUGGCCCUGGCUAACGAGGCAUUAAGGCAGCAGAUGGAGAACCUUCCUGCAGGUCACUUCGACAUCGAGAGUGUUGAGGAAGCAGAGAAAGUAAUUGAAAUGGACGUCGCACUGGUGGAGCUGGAAGGCUCAGAUAGCAGUGAGGAAGAGGAGUCGUCUGAAGAGGAAAGCUCAGAUGAAGAGACUGACAGUGCAGAAACGCUUAAACUACCUGGCAACCGCAAAAGUAAAGCCAACAUUGAAGUGCUAGAAAAAGAAGGAGAAUGAAAAGACACGUCUCCAGCUGGCAAACAUCACUUCACUUUACCCUUCACACAUACAGUACACAAAGUCUGGAAAUUAUCCCUCUGCUAAGCAGAGUACUCUGGACCUCCUGUAAAUACAGAGCUGAAAAUUCAAGUGCAUAAUUCUCGGUUUAUACGUGGAGAAAGGGAUAUGUUCGAUGGGGUUAAAGUGUGGAGAACUUUUACUUCACAUGGACAACAUAGGCCUUGUUCUGUUUGUAUAGAUAAAAUGUGAUGCCUGUAUUAGAAAAAUAAGAGUGCUUGGAUAUAUGGCAAGUUGCAGCAACUAGGAUAGGAUUAAAGCAAGUUCAGGGAUUUGCUGAACUCAGUUUUACAUUCUAAACACAUUACUGGUUGAAACUUGAACUUAAACUUAAAACCUUUAUCUGGGAUUCUUUGUCCAUCAUGAUAAAUUUAUCGGCCUAAAAAGUCUGAUACUCUUGUUAUUGUUAAUUUAGUAUUAAAUAAACCCUCUUC